AUGACUUCCCGCGUCCUUGCGUCCACCUUGGCCCGCCAGUCCCCCUUGCGGUUCGUCUCGCCCAUGCGUUGCAGCCCCCCUUUCUCGGCCAAGCCCAGUUUACUCUCCCACGCUAGGCCGUCCAACCUUACUCGCCGCCACCAUUCAACUUCCCCCUUCCACUCCUCUCCUCCUCCCAAAGUCAUCGCCGCAGCCAUUCCUGUCUCCAAAACCCCCCUCUGGAAAAAGGUUGCCAUCGGAGGCACUAUCGCCUUGGCUACCUCUGCCACCCUCCUGAACCAGAUCGCAAAGUCCCCUCAAAUGGAGGCUGCCAUCCGCGACGCCGCUGCCGCCGGAACAUCCCCCAAUGGUAACAACGUUGUUGACGGCCUCAAGGACGAGCAUAGCCGUAUUGGCGUUGAGAAGAAGUCGACCCCAGAGUUGAUGUUGUCGAUGUUGGUGUACAAGAUGUGCACGUUUAGCCUUUUGGUUGACCUGGCCCCUCAUUUGAUCUCGCUGGCCGAGAUGGUUCAUCUUACACCUCCCGUCUACUGGUUCGUCCGCAAGACCUUCUUUGCCCAGUUCUGUGGAGGAGAGUCGGCAGAGGAUUGCAUCGGAACUAUGACCGCCCUUCGCAGCGCAGGCAUCAACUCUAUUCUGGAUCUCUCGAUCGAGGCCGACCUGGACGGGCUGGACCUGAAGAACCAAACACCCGCAGAGAUCCGCUCCCAGUUCAACAAGAGCGCCGACCAUAUUGCGGACCAGAUCAGCAACUGUAUCGAUACCGCCUCCAAGAUGUCCAAGUCCUUUGCGGCCAUCAAGAUCACUGCCAUGAGUUCCCCACUUCUGUUGCAGAAGGUCUCGUCGACUUUGAAUGCUCUUGAGUGUCAGUUCAAGCAUAUGGAUCAGGAUAAGGAUGGCAAGGUUACCAAGGAGGAGUUUAGACAGUUGAUCGAGAUGCUGCCCAGCCCUACUUUGAACAAGGAUCAGUCGCUGGAUGCUGUUGUUGACCAGCUCUUCGAGGAGGCUGACAGGGACCAGGACGGACAGGUUGGCUGGGUGGACUUCGCUUCGACCAUCUCUUUGAACAGGGAUGAGACCCGCGCCUUGUUCUUGGGCGCCACCGAAGGUGCUGUCGAGGUUCCCGGUUUGGAGAAGGAGGAUCUGGAUGAUUACAAGCGUGUCCUCGUCCGCAUGGAGAAACUUUGCGACCAGGCAUCCAAGACCCAGACCCGUCUCAUGAUCGACGCUGAACAGUCCUACUUCCAGCUCGCCAUCGACAGCGUCGCUAUUCACCUCAUGGAGAACUACAACAAGCACCAGGUCGAGGGACCCCUCAUCUUCAACACCUACCAGAUGUACCUCAAGGACGCCCUGGGCCGUCUUCAGCAGGAUUAUGUCCGUGCCCAGCGUAACGGAUACGUUUUGGCUGCCAAGUUGGUCCGUGGCGCUUACAUGGUCAGCGAGCGCAGGAGGGCUCAGGAGUUUGGAUUGAACGAUCCUAUCUGUGAUGGAAUCGAGGCUACCCAUACCUCCUACAACGCUGGAGUCGACUUUAUGUUAGGCGCCAUGACCCACCAGAAGCAAAAGUUGAUCGAGAACAAGGCCUCAGGUUCCGAUGAGGAUGCAUCCUCGUUGUCGUUGAAGACCUCGCCCGUGGCUCUUUUUGUCGCCUCGCAUAACAAGGACUCUGUCAUCCGUACCUGUGAGCGUAUGCAAGAACUCGACUUGGAACCGCAGUCUGGACUGGUCAUGUUUGGUCAGCUCAUGGGCAUGUGCGAUCAGAUCUCGUACACCCUUGGCCAGCACGGCUACGGCAUCUUCAAGUAUGUCCCCUACGGACCCAUCCACCACGUCAUCCCGUACUUGAUUCGCCGCGCACAAGAAAACGCCUCAGUGUUGGGUGGUGUUACUGUUGAGCGCAACUUGUUGUGGGAAGAGCUCCGGUCCAGAUUUGUCGCCCAGAAGGAGCUUGCUCAGAUUCAGACCGUCCCCGUCUCCUCCCCGAUCGGCCCUGCCGGUCCCACCACUACCAUGUAA